AUGAAGGAAACUCCAAAGAAAAUUGGCUUUCUUCUUCUCCUCCUACAUUCUCUCACUUUCUUCCUCAUUUUCUCACCUUCCACACAAAACCCACAAGAAGAAGAAGAAGAAUCCCACUACUGCAGCAAACUCAAAACCAGAGACCUUUACCUCUCCCCAAUCUCAAACCAAUCGAUCAUAGCCGCAACGAAUCUCAUCACCUGCAGAUCUGGAAAACUCUACUUCAAAACCUCAAUAGGUCUCUUCCACGUCUCCUCCAUCGAUUACGCAACCAAAACCCUAAUCCUCUCUCACUCCUCCGGAAGUGAGAAAGUGAAGAAAUUGGGAGCUAGGGUUUCUUUAGAAGUCGAUGGUCACUUGCCGGAUUUAUGCAUCGCCUGUGAAAGACCAGACGGUAACUGUGGAGCUGCUCUGAGAUGUCUCUGCCAUCCUAAAGAUUGCAAGAACAAAAUUGUUAACAUUGGAACAAAGUCUCGAGCUUUAUCUGGCAAAACGCAGAUUGUUCUGCUUUUCUCUAUGACUCUGUUUCUCAUCUGUUUUUGA